AUGGGAUCCAAGACACCAGAUGAUCAUCGUCGAGGUCCAAAUGAGUCAUCGGCAUGCGCUGCAAUUGCUACCAUCAAUCCCCCCAAGCCAGCCGCGGCAAGUGGACUCCUUCAUGGUGCAUCCGAAGGGGAGGAUGAGGACGGGGAGGACGAGGACGAUAGCAAGAUUGGAGCUGACUUGAAGUCCAGUGGUCAGCCCAACAAUAGCAAGAAGAAGAAAAGAAAGAGUAACAAAAAGAAGAAAAGGAAGGCACUGGGUGGACAGCAGACGAUUCCUCCGAGAGUUGCACUGGCCAACCUCUUUCACGAUCAGCGAUAUCCGGAGGGCAAGAUUGUCGAAUAUGUCACCAACAAUGACAAUCUUCGGCGCACCACGGCUGAAGAACUUCGUCACCUAUCCGUCGUGAACAACAUGGAUGAUGAGUUCCUGAAUGACUAUCGCAAAGCUGCCGAAGUCCAUCGCCAGGUCCGCCAAUAUGUGCAGACGAUCGCAAAGCCCGGCAUUUCCAUGAGCCAGCUUGCUCAAGAGAUUGAGGAUGGCGUUCGGGCACUGACAAACCACCAAGGUCUUGAGAUCGGAGAUGCUCUCGAAGCCGGCAUGGGAUUUCCGACUGGGCUCUGCUUGAACAACGUAGCUGCUCACUGGACUCCCAAUCCUGGGGCUAAGGAAGUUAUCCUCCAGCACGACGAUCUACUGAAAGUAGAUUUCGGGGUUCAUGUCAGCGGCAGGAUUGUCGAUAGCGCCUUUACCGUGGCUUUCAAUCCGGCCUACGAUAAUCUGCUCGCGGCUGUCAAGGCAGCCACCAAUACUGGACUCAAGGAAGCUGGCAUCGAUUCCCGGAUCGAUCACAUCAGUGAGGCAAUCCAAGAAGUCAUGGAGAGCUACGAAGUCGAGCUCAACCGAAAGAUCAUCCCUGUCAAAGCAAUUCGGAACAUCACGGGCCAUAACAUCCUGCGCUACAAGAUUCAUGGCGGCAAACAAGUCCCCUUCGUCAAGACCCGAACCACCCAACGCAUGGAAGAAGGCGAAGUGUUCGCCAUCGAAACCUUUGGCACCACUGGCAAAGCUUAUGUCAGAGAUGACGUAGGACUUUACGGUUACGGGCGCAAUGAGCAUGCCAGUGCUGCUGGUCUUCAUCAUGCCUCCGCCAAGUCGCUGCUAAAGACGAUCGACAAGAACUUCGGAACUCUGGUAUUCUCUAGGCGUUACCUUGAGCGCAUUGGGGUAAAGAAUUACCACCUCGGCAUGAGAUCGCUCGUCUCGAAUGGCAUUGUUGAGUCUUAUGGACCGAUGGUCGAUGUUCCUGGCUCUUAUGUCGCACAGUUUGAGCAUACCGUUCUGCUCCGGCCUAAUUGCAAGGAGGUGAUCUCCCGAGGAGACGAUUACUAA